ACAUACAUAACAAAACAAUUAAACCUCCUCAUAGAAUGGUUAGGAUUGGAAUCCUAAAACAAUAUGAAUUACAAGUCUGUAAUUCAAAUUCCGGGCCCUAUACAUCAGUUGCCGUAAUCAUUUGUUUAGCACGAGUGGAUUCUUUUGUCGGAGUGAAGGUUUUGAUUGUGAUUGAAUAUGAGUAGAUUCUUACUAAGAAAAGGACUUUGCGGAUCUUCAUUGCUGAAGCAAACUUUAUGCUUUGGGUAUGGACAAUGUCUCGGAUCGUUUUUUGUCACCAUUGUUGCAAUAUACCGGAUGAUUAACUCGCACGAUUAUAUCCACAACUUUGACAAACUGGAACCAAAAAUGCAACAAGUCCUUCUGAACGAGCACGACGAAGUUGCCUUGGAAAUGUUUUUGGGAGGCCUUUCGAUACUUAUUGCAUCUCUUUUACUGAUCCAUGGAUUGAAAAAGCAAUCGACCUCUUUCAUUUUUCCUUGGAUCGUCAUUACUAUUGUUGAAAUGGUGUCAUUUUUCGUCGUCAUCUUAUUCCGAGUGGUGCAUCCCAGACGCUAUUAUGGAAUUCACGUGCCAAAGCUUAUUUUUGCCGUACUUUGUCACAUAUUCGUGGUCUAUAUGAUUCAAAGUGUGUAUUCGUGCUAUUUUUAUCUAAAGGAGAAAAAGAAACUGGACCGUUCGGGCCGAUACACAUCGACUGGAUCUCUGAGUACAGAAAUGCAAAGCAUGUCCAACGAAAGCUUUGAGGAUCCCAAGCAGCCAUCUGAUGCCUAGGCCUAUAGGGGAACGGUGCUAUCAAUUAAAAUACUACAUUUGUAUAUCUAUGCUUUUCUGUUCGCCUCUUUGGACAGAACAUGAAGCUUUGUUACAAUUCAUAGCAAGAAUAUUACAACCACCUCCUUACUACAGGGGGAGAGACCAAUUUAGUGGUUUGAUGAGGGGAAAAACGUAAUGAUACUACUACUACUACUCUAUGAAUAUUAAUGGGAACUUUCCUCAGUAUUGCUGAUGUUGAAGAACCUCUCGGCAUUACAGUUGCAAUUAUUUAGCUGCUCGCACGAACGUUCUCUGAGUAACCAGUAACCAGUCACCACAACAGCCAGACCUGGCAAGCUACAAAUUAUUGGUCCAUUGCUCAGUUUUUGGUAUGGCACAUGUUCUACAAGUAUUAGUGGAUUGGCAUGUAUAAAAGAGCCAGCCAGAGACGGUCCGUUUCGCAACAAUGUGAUCUCGAGAUCAACGAUGAAUGAAUACAAUCAGGGGGUGGAAAGUUCCAGGAGAAUGCUAAUAAAUUUGUCCCAGUCCUUUUCUGA